AUGUACCUUAUCAAUCAUAAGGAAGGAAGGGAUAUGGAUGCAAUGUAUUUUAACAAGUCUUGUAUGUUCUACAACAUGGAUACAAAACCACAAAAAUACUUCAACCCUUUACAUUUUGACUCCAUUAGGCUUGAAGGGCAAAACUACCAGAGUAUGCAGGCCUUCAUAUUCACAGUGGAGGAGAUCAAUAAAAAUCCCGAUUUUCUCCCCAACAUCACUCUGGGAUUCAAGAUUUUUGACACUUGUACCGUCUUGAGAAGAGCAGCAGAAGGCACCUUGUGGAUGUUAUCUGGAGGGGAAGAGAGUGUUCCAAAUUAUCAUUGUGGUGAAGGAACACUUGCUGGGAUUGUUGGGGAUUCUGGGUCUACACGGUCUAUCCUCAUGGCUCAAAUUUUGGGUCUAUACAGAUAUCCACAGAUAAGUUAUUUUUCAACCAGCCCAGCCCUCAACAAUCGUAACUUGUUUCCCUCAUUCUUCCGCACUAUACCAAGUGAUACGUUUCAAUCGAAAGGUCUAGUCAAGCUGAUCCUGUACUUUGGUUGGACAUGGGUGGGGUUACUAGCCACUGAUAAUGACUAUGGCCAACUUGGCCUUCAGGUAGUAAGGCAAGGAAUAGUCCAAGCUGGAGCUUGUGUGGCCUUUAUUGAGUAUAUUAUGACUGGAAAACCCAACAGAGGUGCUCCACAUAUUGUGAAAGUUAUCAAGGACUCAUCGGCCAAGGUGGUGCUGGUCUUGUCCUCCGAUUCUGAUUUUAUGCCUGUGGUGGAAGAGUUGGCCAGGCAAGAUAUUACUGGGAAAAUCUGGAUAGCCAGUGAAUCCUGGUCAACCUCAACUCUUCUAACCAAAGAAAAGUUCCAACCAGUACUGAUGGGCACUAUAGGUUUUGCUAUCCAUGGUGGGCAGAUGGUGGGAUUUGUAGAACAUCUAAACAACUUAAAUCCCUUAAAGUCUUCUAGUGAUAAUUUUUUACUUGAGUUUUGGGAGGAGACAUUUUAUUGCAAAUGGAACCACCUCCAAACUAGAGCUAAUGGCACAUAUAACCAAACCAUCCGGACGUGUAUCGGGGAUGAAAAAUUUGAAAACGUCAGAGCCGACGUGGACCUCAGAAUAACAUUUAACGUCUACACCGCAGUUUACGCCUUAGGGUGGGCCAUAAAAAACUUGCUUCAAUGUGAACCAGGAGAUGGCCCAUUCCAUAAUGGCACCUGUGCCAACAUUUUCUCCCUUCGUCCUUGGCAGCUCCUUCAUUAUAUUAAGACUGUACAUUUCCAGACCGAAGACAGAACACACAUAUUCUUUGAUGAGAAAGGAGAUCCUCCGGCCCUCUACGACAUUGUACACUGGCAACUAAGCUCCUCGGGUUCAAUGGAGCAGAUGAUAGUGGGAAGUUAUGACUCCAGUUCACCAGAUGGAAUCCGAAUGAAAAUGAACGAUGCCGCAGUGAUAUGGAGAUCCAAGAUUCCUCAAUCAACAUGUAGUCCGAGUUGUCCUUCAGGAUUCCGAAAGGCCACCAUUCCAGGAAAGCCUACGUGCUGCUAUGAGUGUGUCCAGUGCCCACUGGGAGAGAUUGCCAAUGAGACAGAUGCAGUUGAAUGCCAAAAAUGUUCAUGGGACACUUGGCCCAAUAUCCAACAGGACAGAUGUUUACCAAGAAAUAUUGAAUUUCUCUCCUAUGAUGAAGCAAUGGGUAUAAAUUUGGCAACCCUAUCUAUUAUUUCUUCUCUUGUCCCUGUUGGAUUUUUAACAGUCUUUAUUCGGUACAAGACCACACCAAUAGUCCGCGCCAAUAAUUGGUCUCUCAGUUGUCUUCUCCUCAUCUCCUUAUUUUUAUGCUUCCUCAGUUCAUUAACUUUUAUUGGAUACCCCAAACAUGAAAAGUGCUUAUUGCGUCAGGUGGCAUUUGGAUUGGCUUUUACUCUUUGCAUCUCUUGUGUCUUGGCCAAAACCAUAACAGUUGUUAUCGCUUUUAAAGCCACCAAGCCUGGGACUAGUUUAAGACGAUGGACUGGGGUAAAGGUCUCCUACUUGGUCAUUGUGAUUUGUGUUCUCAUUCAGAUAUCGGUCUGUGUUACUUGGCUUUCUUGCUCUCCUCCAUUUCCAGAAUAUGACACCCAGGCGCAGUCCGGGGUCAUCACACUUAAUUGUAAUGAGGGGUCUCCUUUUGCCUUCUGGGUUAUGUUGGGGUAUCUGGGUCUCCUGGCUGCUAUCAGCUUUAUUGUGGCCUUUUUGGCAAGGAGACUUCCCGAUAGCUUUAAUGAAGCCCAGUACAUUACAUUUAGUAUGCUGGCCUUCCUUUGUGUCUGGAUAUCCUUUAUCCCAGCAACUCUCAGUUCACGUGGAAAGUACACGGUGGCCAUGGAGAUCUUUGCUAUCUUGUCAUCCAGUUGGGCUGUUGUUGUUUGCAUAUUCUUACCAAAAUGUUUUAUCAUAUUGUUUCGACCUCACAUGAAUGUAAGGCAAAAUCUAAUAAGGAAAGAACAGGGCCAUCAAUAG